AUGCGUAUUCCAAACUUCAUGAUUUUCCUCUCGGCAACUGCCGCAGCAACCACUUGCCCGCCGUUUCCACCAUCGGUCAUUGAGUACUCGUCUCAAUUUCGGCAGCCAAAGCCUCCGAUGGUCAAGCCCGAAUUCCAAACGCAUUUUGUCCAGCAUAAGUGGAACCAGAACCUGUCCCACAUCCAAAUUGGCUACAUGUACAACUCGCCCAGCAGAAAACUUGUCCGCGUCGAUGAGACUUUUGAAGAUGGCCUCGCCUCGUCUACAUUUGACUUUGCCAAUAUCACAAACGAUGGUCUCGUUGACAACAAGCUCACAUCAGUCUUCAAAGAUUUUGGGCACCCCGACGUCUUUCGGGGAUACGUCAACACGAACUACCCCUUGAUUGCAGCGGAUUUUCUCGUCAAAGGCAACGCCGUUUUUGCGGGAUUAGUUGAGAGACAGCUUCUUUCAGGACAAGUCGCUUCGUGGAGCAUCUUAUACCAAGGUACCAUCCCAGUGACAGUCUUUGUGGAUGGGUGUAAUGUUGUACAGGGCUAUGACUAUUUCUAUCCUGUGGAGAGAACCAGGGUGACUACUUCAUUUUUCAACACCCGUGUUGGAAAGGUUGAUAUCUAA